UUUCGCGGGAAGCUCCACCUUUUCCUUCUGGGCCGAGAAGCCGGCGCCUUCCGUCGAGCCGCCAUCGCCGCCGCAAGAUGAAGAUCUGGAGCUCAGAACACGAAUUCGGGCAUCCAUGGGAUACUGUAAUAAAAGCUGCGAUGAGAAAAUAUCCCAAUCCUAUGAAUCCAUCAGUGGUAGGAGUUGAUGUCCUGGACCGAAGCCUUGAUAAUCAAGGAAGAUUACAUAGUCACCGAUUACUUAGUACAGAAUGGGGCCUACCAAAUAUUGUAAAAGCUAUUCUGGGAACAAAUAGAACUGUCACAUACAUUAAAGAACAUUCUGUGGUUGAUCCAGUGGAAAAGAAAAUGGUACUGAGCUCCACAAAUAUAACGCUUACAAAUCUUGUAUCAGUGGACGAACGAUUAGUCUAUACGCCUCAUCCUGAAAACCCUGAAAAAACUCUCCUAACUCAAGAAGCAAUUAUUACAGUAAAAGGAGUUAGCCUCAGUAGUUACUUGGAAACUUUAAUGGCCAAUACAAUAUCGUCUAAUGCUAGAAAGGGGCGUGAAGCUUUAGAAUGGGUGAUUGGUGAACUAACUUCAACACGAGACAGUAUGAAGUCAACAAUGGCAGCUGCUUCAAUGGAAAACUGAUGAACUGUCACAAUCUUUAUUUUUCCAUUGGAUUUUUAAUUAUUGUUGCCGAGGCAAAUACUCCAUAGUUUUUUGAUACACAAAUCCAGGCAGGCAGGAAGAGUGAGAGAGAGAGUGUUAAUUUAUAAUCAGUUUUACAGGACACACUUUUUUUCCCCUUAACACUGAAAUAUUUUGGGGACCCACUGCAUUAUAAUUAAGCUUAUUUUUGUAUUUUUACAUGGCUUCAAGCUAUAGUUACAUAACUUCCCCCCAGGAUGGUAACUUAAAAUUUCAGCUAUUUAAAUGGAUUUCAAGCUGUCAGAGUAGUUGAAGAUCAGACUACCAAGCUGUGUUUUGAUAAAGAGCUAUGAGAAUACACUUUUGAAUUUGCUGCUCUUUUUGCUGCUUGAAUUUUUACCUUUUUUUAAAAAGACAGUUGUAGUUCUAUGGUGAAAUACAUAGGUACAAAAAAAAUGGAGAUUCUGUCAACCUCUGAUGGCUACUUAUUUGCGGGGGUGAUGAGUGGUAUGAUAGUCCAGAACAGUGUUUUUCAAACUUGGCAACUUUAAGAUGUGUGGACUUCAACUCCCAGAA